UACAGCUGUUUUUAGUAUGAGUUUUGAUCUCGAAUUGAGAGUGUUAAAGAGUGUUAGAGUAUUGUCUUCUGAAAAAUAUUAAAAAAAAAACAUGGAGUAUCUAUCGUUCGAUCCAUCAAGUAAAACGCUAACUUUGAAAAGGACAUCGAUUCCUAUUCCAAAACCGGACGAAGUUCGAAUUAAAGUCGCUUAUUCUGGAAUUUGUGGGACGGAUUUGCAUAUUUUGGAAGGUGCAUUUACAUGCAAGCAAGAUGGACCUUUUACACUUGGACAUGAAUUCUGUGGUAUAGUUGAUGAAGUUGGAAAAGCAGUAACUAAUUUUAAAGUUGGUCAAAGGGUUACGGUAGAUCCUAACAAUGGAUGUUAUAAGUGUACUGAUUGUCAUGUUGGAAAUUAUCAUUUUUGUAAAGACGGUGGAUUAAGAAACACUAUUGGUAUUUUUCGAAAUGGUGGCUGGGCAACUCAUGUCCUUGUUCCAGAAUCUCAGGUAUACUUAAUACCGGAUAGAGUUCAAAUGCAUCAAGCUGCACUUGCAGAACCAUUAUCUUGUUUGGCUCAUGGAUUAAAAAAGAUUGGUACGAUACAUGUAGGAUAUCAAGUUUUGGUUAUGGGAGCAGGUAUCAUUGGUCUUCUCUGGUCUUGCUUGUUACAUCUUCGUGGAUUACGAAAUACAGUAACAAUUAGCGAGCCUCAAGAAAAACGAAGAAAGAUGGCUUCUCAACUUGAUUUAAACUACAAGCUAAAAGAACCUAAUCAACUUGCAAAUGAUGAGUUUGAUUUAGUCAUAGACUGUAGCGGUUCUGGUCCUGCUAUGGAAGCCGCUAUGAAUUUAUUAAAACCUGGUGGUUGUCUUUGUGUUUUUGGUGCAGCUAAUCCUAAAACAAAAAUGUCCAUCGAACCGUAUAAAGUAUUCAAAAAAGAAUUAUCUAUUGUGGGAGUGAAUAUAAAUCCUCAUACGUUUCCUAGAUCAUUGGGUCUUUUGGAAGCUAUGGGUGAUCAAUAUUUGGAUUAUGAAAAAUUAGGUAUUAAAGUUUAUACGCUUUCACAAUAUCGUGAAGCUUUGGAAGCACUAAAAAAAGGUGACAUUAGUAAAGCUGUAUUUAAAUUGUAAUUCUUGUAUAUACAUUGAAUAAGGUUUAUUAAUCAAAUUAAGAAAA